CGGGGAGACAACGAUUCCCAAAGACAUUCAAGGAGGACAAACGUUGAGGGUGACAAAACCUUCAGGGCGCAGACACUAUCACUUGAGUGGAGUCGAGGCUUGGGUGGCCCGAACUCGAGGUCAAAAGUUUCGAGGGUACCUAAGUGCAACAAUUGCAAGAAACACCACUCGGGUAAGUGUCAGGACCCUCCCAGGUGCUAUCAAUGCACAGAGGUCGGGCACACGAGAGUGAGUUGCCCACAAAUUGUGCAAAACCAAACUUCGGGGUCAAGUGGUGGAACUACAAGAAAUGAAAACCAAACCGAGGUUUCUCAAGGGAGCAGGGGACAUGGGGGAGCAAGCACGAGCAACGCGCCAUCCGUGAACCAAGGAAGGACCCAAGCUAGGGUCUAUGCGAUGACGGAGGCGGAUGCUCAAGCUAACCUGGAUUCCGUUGAAGGUAGUACCUCUUGUAUACUUGUUUUUUAUCCUUAAUUAGUCCAUAAAUUGAGGUUGCUAGUCGUUGGGAUCGUUGCACGAAGCUUGGGGGUCAAACGGAGCGAAAAUCGGGUGAAAGACGGCUGAUUUUUUGCCAACGCACACCAGGCUGGACCAUACGCACGGCCGUGCGUUGUCCGUGCGUUGGUCCGUGCGUUGGUGGCAGUAGCAACCGGGAAGAAAUUGCUAUACGCACGGCCGUGCGUUGUCCGUGCGUUGGUCCGUGUGUUGGUGGCAGUAGCAACCGGGAAGAAAUUGCUAUACGCACGGACGUGCGUUGUCCGUGCGUUGGUCCGUGCGUUGGUGGCAGUAGCUCCGUUUUGAGGUUAUAAGACACGCACGCCGUGCGUACCUCCUAGGCACGCCGUGCGUACCUCCUGGACAGCCCAAAGUCGACUUUUUUGCGCCGUAUUGCAACGUUAAGACCCGUUCUUGAUCUCAAACACGUGUGUGAACAUAAUAAACCUCUCUAAAUGAGUAGGGAGGGUAGGAAAGAUGUCUUACAUGGUUCAUGAAUGUAGGGACACUAAAGAUUAAUGGGAAGGAUGCGCGAAUCCUUAUCGAUACCGGGGCGCAACGUUCAUUUGUGAAUGAAGCGUUCGCCAAGAGUUUGGAAGUGCAAUCCGCACCAUUGAUGCAAACCUUAGUGGUAUCAACACCACUAGGGGAUGACGUGGAAACAACUCGUUACAAUCCAUCUUGUGGGGUGGAAGUUAAUGGUCAAACCUUGACGUGUGACUUCGUACCGCUGAGCAUGAUUGAAUUCGAUGCAAUCCUAGGGUUGGAUUGGCUAGAAAGGAACCAUGCUAGGGUAGAUUGCUACACGAAGGUUCUUAAACUCGAAGGCAAUGAUGGGGAGACCCUACGCUUCGAGGGCGAUCGAGGGAGAUCAAACAGAUGUAUCAUAUUCGUCGUGAGAGCGAGAAGUAGGAUGAGAAAGGGAUGCCACGCAUAUCUAGCAUACGUGGUUGACAUAACCAAAGAGGAAACGAACAUCGAUGAUGUGAGGGUGGUUUGUAAGUACCCGGAUGUUUUCCCUAAAGACAUACCGGGGCUUCCACCUAAUAGGGAGAUUGAAUUUGUGAUCGAGGUCGAACCCGGUACGAAACCAAUCUCUAUACCGCCAUGUCGGAUGGCACCUGCUGAACUUAAUGAAUUGAAAACCCAAUUGCAAGAGCUAUUGGAUAAUGGUUUCAUUAGAGCAAGACACUCCCCGUGGGGAGCACCAGUUCUUUUUGUGAAAAAGAAAGGUGGGACACUUCGAAUGUGCAUUGACUAUCGUCGACUGAACAAGGUCACAAUCAAGAAUAGGUAUCCUUUGCCUAGGAUUGAUGACUUGUUUGAUCAACUACGAGGAGCAACCGUGUUUUCGAAGAUUGACUUGAGGUCGGGGUACCAUCAAUUGAAGAUCAAGAAAGAUGACAUACCAAAGAGUGCUUUCCGCACAAGGUAUGGGCAUUUUGAGUUCCUCGUUAUGUCGUUUGGGUUAACAAAUGCCCCAGCGGCAUUCAUGGACUUGAUGAACCGAGUAUUCCAUAAAUGCUUGGAUCGAUUCGUGGUCGUGUUCAUAGAUGACAUCUUGAUUUACUCAAGGAGUGAAGAAGAACAUGAGGAGCACUUGAUACUUGUCCUCGAGACGCUACAGGGGAAGCAACUCUAUGCCAAAUUCUCUAAAUGUGAAUUUUGGCUAAAGGAAAUUGGCUUUCUCGGGCAUGUAGUUUCGGGAUCGGGAAUUGCCAUUGAUAGCAAGAAGAUAGAAGCCAUUACCGAGUGGGAGAGACCAAAGAACGUCAAGGAAAUUCGUAGUUUCCUUGGGUUGGCAGGCUACUACAGAAAGUUCGUGGAGAAGUUCUCCGUUUUGGCAUCGCCUUUCGGGAUCGGGAAUUGCCAUUGAUAGCAAGAAGAUAGAAGCCAUUACCGAGUGGGAGAGACCAAAGAACGUCAAGGAAAUUCGUAGUUUCCUUGGGUUGGCAGGCUACUACAGAAAGUUCGUGGAGAAGUUCUCCGUUUUGGCAUCGCCGUUGACGAAGCUCACUCGAAAGGGAACUAAGUUUAUAUGGGAUGACAAAUGUGAGAAAGGAUUCAUCGAACUGAAGAAGAGGUUGACCGAGGCACCGGUACUUGCAUUACCCAAACAGGGUAUGGGGUACGAUGUCUAUAGUGAUGCGAGCAUCCAAGGGUUUGGGUGUGUGUUGAUGCAGGAGGGGAGGGUAAUUGCCUAUGCUUCGCGACAGUUGAAGAAGCAUGAGGUAAAUUAUCCUACCCAUGAUCUGGAGCUGGAGCAGUAGUGUUUGCACUGAAGAUUUGGAGACAUUAUCUCUACGGAGAGACGUGUCACAUAUAUACUGAUCAUAAGAGCUUGAAGUACGUGUUUACUCAGAAAGAGUUAAACAUGAGACAGAGACGGUGGAUGGAGUUGAUAAAGGACUACCAUCAAGUUAUUGAGUACCAUCCAGGCAAGGAAAACGUUGUAGCAGAUGCCCUCAGUCGGAAGAGUUCGUCUGGGGCAUUGUUGACUAGUUUGAGGGCACUGAGGGCCCAAUUGGAUGUAUCUAACGACGGUGCCUUAUUGGCACGAUUCGAAGUGAGACCAACCUUACUUGAGGAGAUCAAGAAGGGUCAAGAGACGGACACAGAACUUAUGAAGGUCCGGGAACGCAUGCAAGCGGGACCGGUGGAGGAUUUCAGGGAAAGAGACGAUGGUCUCUUGUUAUUUCGUGACCGAGUGUGUGUACCGUCAGAUGAUGAGCUCCGAAAGUCCAUCUUAGAGGAGGCUCAUUCAUCGGCUUAUGCCAUGCACCCUGGGAGCACGAAAAUGUACCGUGAUUUGAAAGAAAGUUACUGGUGGUCUGGGAUGAAGAGGGAAAUAGCCGAGUACAUCAGUCAAUGCCUUACUUAUCAACAAGUUAAGGCAGAACAUCAGCAUCCAGCAGGCUUAUUACAACCACUUUCCAUCCCUGAAUGGAAGUGGGAGCACGUGACUAUGGAUUUCGUGGUAGGCUUACCACGGACUAUCAGGAACUAUGACGCGGUUUGGGUUGUUGUUGAUAGGCUCACAAAGAGGACACACUUUUU